AUGUCUUUGGUUCCACACUCCAAAAGACCAAAGAGGAAGAUGGAGAAAGAUGUGUUACCCUCAGAGCCCCCAACCAAGGUAACCUUCCUGAGCCAGUCUCACCUCCUGCUGGAAAUCCCCCAGAACACCAACACCAACCUCCCUGUGUGGGAGGCCUUUACUUCUGGGGAGGUCAAAGUGGCGUGGACUGUCAACCCUUACAGCAUCAAUGUCCAUGUUACACCUUUGCCCUCCAUCCAAGAGGAGGGCGAUGAAAGCAUCAUUACCCAGCCACAGCCUGCAGUACAGCCCAGCCCCACAACCAAGAAAAAGGUCCCACCUAUCAACCUUACCCCACCUGCUACCCCCACCAAGCGAAAAACCCCACCUGGUGUCCCUGCCCGGCCUGUUUUCCACACCAAGCCCAACUCUGACACCCUGAUCUGUGACAAAUUCCUGCUGAAUUUGUGCCAUGCUGGGAACAAGUGUAAGAUGCACCACACUCCGUACCCAUUUCACUGGCAGCUGUGGGCUGUGAGCAGCCACCAGUGGGUCGAUUUACCCACUCGCUCUCAGGUUCUCCUGGAGAGGAUCUACUGCAACGUCAACCAGGAGAACGUUUUCCUUAAUGAUCAGUGAGUAAAAAGAACUCGGUCCUUAUUCGGUCUUUUUAUCUGGUACAAGAUAUUCCGAUCAAAAUGUGGGGAAAAAAUCAGAGCAGAGCUAAUAUAAUAUAAGCUAAUAUAAGCAGGGAUAUAAGCAUAAACACUUAUAUCCCUGAAAAUUGGUUUAAAAAAAAUUCAAUCUUAAGUCAAAACUGAGAGAUUUAAUACACAGCCUUUAACGUGUUUUUAAAGAAAAAUAUGAAUGUAAAAAACACUUUGCCUGAUGUGAUGUGAUAUAAAAUAAGCAAAAAAAAAGCAGAUUUUAAACCAUAAAUUCUAAGACAGACUAAUAAAAAUGACUGUAAAGAUUAAAAUGAAGUGUAAUGGAUGUCCUGAGUGUUGAUGUUAGAGUUAGUGUGUUUAAUCAGUAACUAUAAAUGUUUAUCCAUGUCCCCUGUUAGGGACGGCUGCUACUGUCUGGACUUCGACUCAAUGGAACUGGACGAUCUUUCCAAGUACGACACAGUGAGACGACUGACGAACUCUGACAGCCUGGCCAAGAACCAGUACUUCCCCAGCAAGCUGAAAAUCUACUGGUGGGACAGCCAGAACUGGACAGAGUAUGAGGAGGUGAGGUUUUUUCUCUUUUCACUUUACUUACAAACAGACCCUCUGCCCAUGAGCCUCUGUUUUGUUUUAUCAUUCAUUUUUCUGUCAGUCAUUGCUGUCCGUCUCUUUACUGGUCUAUUUUCUUGUAGGCUGUGUCCAACUUGCUGCUAAAGAGCAUGAGAGAGAAAAAACCUGAGUGUUUUUUUGACAUCAGAGCUGGGAAGUACAAAGUGGACUUCACCUCCAUGACCCAAUUAAACAUCACCACAGGCUAUGAGAGAGGGGUCCGCUGCAGACCCGUGUACCGCUCCCCUGUCUCCAUGCAGCCGUUCCUGCGGUCAGUGUCGUGGAUCUGCUGUGUUUCACUCUUUAUUGUGUCAGUAUGACAAACAGUUCAACAUAACAUCUUUAUUGCUCCAUAAUCCAGGACAGGAGUCCAGACUGGCCUCACCACCGAUCCUCCCGUGACUACAUUCGGUGUGGACCCUCUGGAGGAGUUCAGCUCCUGGUAUCCUCCUGUGUGGUCUCCGGUCUUUGAACGGGACUACAGCCUAGUGGAUGUUCCAGUGGGCUCACAGGCCUACCAGAGUGUCCAAAUUCUCUUCAACAAGAGUCUGCCUGACACCAUGGUGGACAUCAUUGCAGUCCAGCAGGUCCAGAACCUCCUGCAUUGGGACAAGUAUCAAAGGUCAGACCAUCAUUUAUCUCUCUUAUGUCAAAGCCUAAAGGUAAAAAACUGUUAUAUGCACUUCUGAGUUGGGGAAACAUGGGAAUUGUAGUUAAAUCUGAUAGGUUCACACAUGCUUUAUCUUAAUCCUGGAAAUACUAACUGAACACUCAUCCAGAGUAAAUCUUUAAGCUUAUACCAGAGAUAGGGACUCUUAAAUAACAUCAGCAGCUCAAUAACUAGUGUUGGGCGGUAUGAACAAAAUCUUAUAUCAUGGUAUGAGUAAUUUCAUAUCACGGUAACGGUAUACAUCACGGUAUGUUUUUUCCCGCUGUAAAUUUAAUUAAUGGCUUGAAAAUAACCAAACUGUCGCAUUUGUUCAUUUUACUUUUACAUUUAAACUCAGAUUUGUACAAAUGUAAACAAAAUGCCAGACCAGUCUGCUGAUUUUUUUAUCAUAUGGAGUACCUUUGGUGAAAGAGUCUGCCAAGCUCUUUAGUAUGAGAGGAGCUUCUGCAGCUUUAGAUUUAGGUGCAGCAGGUGCGCCACGCAUCUUUUGGCUGUCAUAAUGGAGCUUGGCUUGUUUUAUCUUUAGGUGGUGGAAGAGGUUGCUGGUGUUUCCACCUCCAACAACGACAGCCACACGACACUCUUUGCAUAAAAUUGUUUUUUGAUCAUUGUCGGAUUUUCUAAAUCUGAAGAAUCUCCAGACAACCGAUGUCGCGACUCGCGCCCUUUUUCAGAAGAAGUUCCUCCUCCUCUUCCUCUUGUUGGACGGGUCGGGCUGCCUUCGUUUGCUCGGUACUGCCACUAAUCUCCGCGUCCGCAAUGACCACCACCAGUGACUAUGACAAGCAAUGUACUGGACACUGUGAUGAUUAUAGGGAGCGCACCCAAACCUGACCGAUCAAACGGAGUGAACAAACUCCGUACGAAAAGAUGGUGAAUAUACAGAAAUGCACCCAAACGGAUGUGCUCCGGCUUUCCUGUUAGCAAGUGCAGGCGACGACACACUGACUCAGAGAGAUGCAGCAGACAUCUGCUCUCUCUCUCUGGUAUCGCAAAAUUUCAACCUGUAGACACUUUUAUACCGUCACACAGUUUAUUCCGUCAUACCGCCCAACACUAUUAAGCCCAUAUCUUCUUACCAUGCCUGAUCUUUGGCUUGUAGUACUAGAGCGGCUGCACAGCAUCACCUGCUGCCGCGAUGACCCAGUGUUUUCUAUACGUAGACCAUAAUUAAUAAAGCCCCUCAAGAAAACAGACUGUUUUGAGGCUUGCAUCUAAAGAAACGCAACAUCUCAACAUUUUUUGUAACGACAGGCACAAGUUGUACAUGCAGAAGCGUCUCACCAAAGAGGAGCCCCUAGAGCUUCAUCUUUUCCACGGGACGACCAAAGAAGCCGCUGAAGACAUCUGCUUCAACAACUUCGACCCCCGCAUGGCUGGGGUCAACGGAACGGCCUUCGGUUUCGGCGCCUACUUCGCCACCACCUCCGCCUUUUCCGACAAGUUCUCAGCCAAGAUGGGGCCAACCAGGCUCCGCCACAUGUUCCUUGCCAAAGUCCUGGUGGGGAAGGUAUGCCUUGGGAAUAACAGCUACCGCAGACCACCACCUCUCGACUCCAAAACAGAGCCGUACUGUCUCUAUGACACCUGCGUGGACAACGAGGCUAAUCCCACCAUGUUUGUAGUUUUUGACAGCUGUCAGUGCUACCCAUACUACCUCAUCAAGUACAAAGAGCUGCCCAGAGAGAUUGAGAUUUGUUGA